AUGCUGCCCCACGCCGCUGCUAAACUUUCCGAGCUCAGCCUGACACAGGAGGAGAUAGAGUCGGCCAAGAAGAUCCUGGCUGCUGCCGAUCAAAAGAAACUCAACUCCAUCAAGCAAGGGGUGAAAUCGUUCCUGGCAGCAAAUCCAGAUAGCAACCUGAACAAGUCGAAUCGCUACGACAACCAGUUCUUGCUGGCCUUCCUCGCGCACCAGUCAAGGUGCAGCGAGGCUACCAAACGUACAAGUUCGAAAAAGGAGAUCGCGUCGAGCAAGGUGAAGAACGCCGACAUCUACAGGAUGUCCGUGAAGGAGAUGGACGACAAGCUGGGCGUGGAAAAGGCUACUCUCUGGCGCAGCGUCUUGAAGGGCCUCCCCGACCUGCUGACGGGGCGAACGGAUCCGCAGUUCCUCGAGUACGCUGUCCCACAGAACUGGGAGAGGAUGAGCGAAUCCGAGCUGGCCACCUUCCUCAUCGAAGCCAAUGGCGAGGCUACGAAAGAGGACAUCUCGGCAGCCCUUGCCUUUGACGGGCCUGACAUGCAGUUGGCGGGCAUGGUCUCCAGCAGCAGCGGGGUGAACCCAGUGACGGUCAAGGCGGAGGCAGUCGAGAGCCAGGAGGAGACCGACAAGAAGCACCUUGCCUUGAAAGUUGCUGAGACCGAGGCGAAGUUGCCAGAGCUCGUGCGAGAAUUUCAAGACAUUCUCUUGGAUAUGAAGGUGGUGCAGGCGAAGGCUGCCAGUAAGGAUGAUCCGUAUCAUGAAGCUUUUCGCGCUGACCUGGCGGCCCACUGCAAGAAAGUGAAGACCACGAAGGACGUGCUGGAGAAGAUGGCCACCCAUGAGGCGAACCCGACUCAGAUCCCGAAGCUCCUGAGGGCAAUCGACGAUCUCCGUGCCGAGAACCUUCAGCUCGUGGAGUUCGCCACCAAGAACGGCUACAAGGAGGAGAAGACGACCAACAAGCGCAGGAAGAAGAAGGAGAGACUCAUCGGUCUGAGAUUGGAGAAUGUGAUGGUUGACGUUCUCCACACGUUGGAUUUGGGCUUGACUGCGGUGAUAGUCGGCAGCGUCAUGUUCACACUCGCGUGCAUUCGGAAACGGAUUUCGGAGAUUUUGGUCAUGGCCAUUGGGGCUACCAUGAUCAGUUGGCGACGGGAGUAUGCCAACUGUUGGAACGGUGGCAUCGUGGUCAUCCCGUCCGUGCCCACGGAGUGCCUCGUCGGUAUGGCAGUGGCGGCGCUGGUGGCCGCGGCGUGGCGCAAGCGGCUGCAGGAGCCGCCGCUAGGCGGGCUGCACGCCGGCGCCGCGGAGCACCCGCUCCUCGGCGACGCGCCCCGCGGCGGCGGCGCAGCGGCGGCGGGCGCCGCCUCUGCGAAGGCCGGCGUGGACUUCGGCGGCGAUCUCGCAGACGCUCUGCAGAGGAUGCACGAGCUGCUCCUGCUGCAGCCGCCCGACCUGCAGCGCCUGCGGGUCACCGCGUCGGGGGUCUCGGAGGCGCCGCGGCGGGGGGUUGGCGCAGCGCUCACCGAGGGGUGUCAUUCGUUGCUCCAGUACAGGCAGCCCCUCAGGCCGGUGCGGCGGGGCCUCGCGGGAGGCCUCUCGGGUGGCGCGGCCGGCUUCGCCUCGAUUAAGUGCCAGGGAGGGGUGCGCGACCGAGGGUUUUCGUUUCACCCUGCUCAGGGCUGCCUGGUGGUCAUGAUCUGCCUGCUAUUUCACCCUGCUCAGGGCCUGGGUCGCUGCCCAGACGCGCUUGACCUUGGUCGGCCUGCGUCCGUAGCGUGGCCGGAGGCACAGCAGACGCCACCAGAUGCCCCAUGGCAUCCGUCAUGGCGGGGAUCACCAACUUUCGGAAGCACGGAGCUGCUCGAACGAGCCCUCUCGUUGUUUCCGUCGCAGUUCUUUGUUCCCGUCAGUCCGUCGGUUCACAGAGCGAUGCGCGACGUCAGCGGGCUCGAUCUGGCAUGUCUGUCCAACUUCGACGCUUUUUUGCGCGAGGCUGGAGCCCCACCAACCAUGAAGGGCCCCGACAUACAGGCAUUGUGGUCCAAGUCGCCUAUGCACGCCGCGGCUGCUCGGCAACAUCGCCCUUCGGCCUCCGACCGGGCUCUUCCCGGCCUCGUAGAACACGGUGUGGAUCCGGAUGAGCAUGUCCGCAUGGCGUUGCUUCUGUCGCAUCCAUUCGCGGCCCCACCCAGUCUGGAGCUCGAUCUGCAAUUCGCCGUCUACGCCAACGCUUCGCUUGGACCCCGCGUCCGCGAUCAGCGGCGGCACCGGCGAAAAUUGCUAGUGCGGCUUGCUGCUGCACUCCGCCCCCUGGACGAGUUUGCUUUGCAGCAACGACAUGUCAGCAUCGCAGGCGCGCCAGGAAUUUCGCCUGUAUUCGCAGCGGUGCUCGUCGUGCUGUUGGAUUGGCCUGACACGGGCCUGCCAACCAGACUGGUCCACGGCUUCGAGAUAGCCGCGGAGGUCCCUGCCUCUGGCCCCCUGACGAAGGUCAUCUACGAGUUGACAGUGGAAGAAAUCAAGGCUGGGCUCGCCGACCCAUUUGUGACGCGUCGCGAGCUCGGCGGGGGGCGCUGCCCCGCCGGGCGCGGCUGCGCCCCGCGGCUGGCGGGCACGUCCCUGGAGGUGCUGGAAGGCACGUCCCGGGCGAUGCUCGAGGACAAGCUGCGGAAGUGGGUGUCCAAGGCGUACUCCCUCGGGCUGAACCCGCCCGCCGUGCUCCCGGGCCUCAGGGACACCUUCCUGCAGGGGCUGCCGCAUGCCGUCACCUGUGACGAGUUCGACGAGGUGGCCCGCAGGGUGCUCCAGGACGCCCAGAAGGGCGGCACGGAGGUGGCCAGCCCGCCCAGUGGUCAGCCGCCCGCGCAGGCAGCAGCGGCGCCCGCGGCCGCCGCCGCCGCGCCCGCGCCCACAGCGGCCGAGACCCCGCCGCUGCCAGCAGCCGCGCCCGCGCCGGCGCCCGCCGCCGCCGCGGCGGCGCCCGCGCCGGCCCCCGCGGCGGCGCCGGCGUCCGCCGGGCAAGUGGCGUUGGGCGGCCCGACGCCGCUGGAGGAGGGCGGACCCGCCAGCGUCCCGCUUUACUGGGCCUCGGCGGCGUACUUCGACGCCGCGCACCUGGAGUCGGACGGGGUCUGGGACGACGGCAGCCAGGCGUCCAGGUCCAGGACCCUGUACGACGAUGGCGCCGUGGCGGUGGGCGCCUGGACCUGCACGGCGGGCAGCUUCCCCGUGGUCGGCAGGGGCACCACAGACGGUGGUUCCACGUCAUCGAGGGCGAGGGGAUCAUCACCGACGCGGACGGCACCCCGCACGUGUUCCGCGCCGGGGACACGGUGGUCCUGCCGAAGGGAUGGUCUGGCCGAUGGGACGUGAUGAAGGCGGUCCGCAAGAUAUGGGUCACGAGUGACCACGCGGAGGAGCUGGGUGCCGACGUGGCAGGGCGGGCCGUCGUGGGACCCGUCAACGAGCUCGCCUCUUGGGAGAGUUACACGCCGCUGGGGAAGCGGAAGGCCGAUUGGGGCGAGCCGGAGCACUUCAGCCAGAAGCAGUGGGCGGCCGGGCCGACGAGCACGGGCUCCUGGGCCUGCACGGAGGGCGGCUUCCUCGGCUCUCCGAACCGGCCGACCACGGAGGUCUUCUACGUGCUGGAGGGGCUGCCUUGGGGGGGAGAGGAACCGAAACCUUCGGGAGCCUUGAGACGGGGGUCAAUGCAAACGGUCGGGGGUGGACAGACC